UGUCUCGAUAUCUCUCGUGUUUAGUUGGCGCGCGGGGGCCCAGCGAUUGGGUGGAACGGCCAAUAGAGACGCUCCGUGCAAAAGAAAAGAGAGUAAGGGUGCAAGAGAGCGGAGCACAAGAAGGUGACGAGCGACCACACGACGAGUGUCGACGACGACGACCUAAAUAAGACGAAGACGACCGAAAAUUAAAAAAAAUAAUCAAAGUUUCUCUCUCUCAAGCUUUUCCUCGAGUUUGUUUCUCGAGCGAGCUUAAAGUAGAAAUCAAAUCCGAGAGUCUCUCGAGCCGAGUGUGUGUGUAGUCUGCCUCGGGUGGGUUGGGAGUGGAUUCGAGUAAGUAGCGCCGUGGGAAAACGGGCUCCGAGUGUCGGGACGACUCUCGGGAAGAGAAAGAAGAGCUUGUUCUCUCUCCUGGAUAUCUCUCGGAGACACGCAAAACCCGCUUCAAAACUCCUAGAAUACAUUGCGGGUGAGACACAGGGGAGAUAUAGUAAAUAAUUCACGCGAGAAAAUCGCGGGUUGGAUGGUGCCGCUGGCCGGCGCCAUUUGAACCAACGAGCCAGUCGAAGGAACAGGUCUUCCUUUUGAUCCCUGGUGCAUAUAAUCACGAGAACAGGACCGGGUUCUUCGUGUAGGGACAAAAGGUGCGAAGGCGUGCCUCCAGCACAAUGGGGGUCGCCGACGACUUCGCGCCCAGCUUCACGCAGAAGCCGCAGCUGCGGCAGGAGGACGACGGCAACCGAUUGAUAUUCGAGUGUCAGCUGGUGAGUUCGCCCAAGCCCGAGAUCUCUUGGUUCCGCGGCGAGACCGAGCUCAGCCAGGAUGACAGGACCAACUUCAAGAUACAGAGCGUCGGGACCAACAAGUUUCUGGUGGUGCUCGAGCUCGAUGAUGUCAUCGAGACCGACGCCGGUCUCUACAAGGUCAAGGCGAAGAACAAGAUGGGCGAAGUCGCAGCCUCCAUCAACCUCAACUUCAGUCCGAUGGAUGAGCCUAGAGAGAAACAAAUUGACGGCAUCGCACCGACUUUUGCGAAGAAGCCCGCGAUUAGACAAGAGGAUGACGGCAAACGAUUACUUUUCGAAUGUCGCAUCACAGCCGAUCCCACGCCGAAAAUCACAUGGUUUCACAGCGGAAACAUGGUCAAAGAUUCGCCAAGGCAUAAGCUGACCGUCGACAAAGAUGGCCAUUCGUACUUCGCCACACUGGAAAUAAAAAAUGUGACCGUCGAGGAUGCUGGCAAAUAUAAGGUCACGGCGAAAAACGAGCUUGGCGAGUCUAACGCCACGAUUUCCCUGAAUUUUGACAGCGACGAGGCACCCGUACCGGAAGACGGUAUUAAACCGACCUUCACCGAACGACCGGUGAUAAGACAAUCUGACGACGGUAACACCAUCACCUUCGAAUGCCGACUUGUCGGCGAUCCGAAGCCGAGUGUCAAGUGGUAUCACGGUACCGAGGAAGUGAAAGACGGUGGACGAUUCAACACGUCACUGGAACUCGAUCAGAAGUUGUACCAUCUCGCGAGGCUCAGGAUCGACAAUGUGGCGAAAGGAGACGCGGGCGAGUACAGAGCCGUGGCGAAGAACAAGCACGGCCAGGGGGUGGCCACCAUUAAUCUGAACUUCGAAGGUGGCGACAAGCUCAAAAUACCGGAUGGCAAACCGCCGCGCUUUCCGAAGAAACCGACGAUCCGUCAGGAGGGCGACUUGCUCAUCAUGGAGUGCAUUUUGGAGGCACAUCCGGUACCAGACAUAACUUGGUAUCAAGGUCAGAAAACGAUUGCCGACAGCAAGCGCGUGAAAAUGUCGCGCAAGGCCACCGGCAAGGACACGUACCUGUUGACUCUCGAGAUCUCGAAUCCGACCAAGGCCGACGGCGGGAAUUACCGUUGCAACGCUUUUAACAACUUCGGCGAGAGUAACGCCAACAUCUCCCUCAACUUCCAAGAGGAGGGCGCGGGACUUGCUCCGUCUUUCGUCGAGAAACCACGUAUCAUCCCGAACGAGACCGGCACGCUAAUCACCAUGAAGUGUAAGUGUAAAGCAAACCCCAAGCCGGAAGUCACAUGGUACCGCGGCACCAACGUCGUCAAAGAGUCGUCGAAGAUUUCGAUCAAAACCAAAACGGUCGAGGAAGACGUCUACGAGCUUAUCAUGGAGAUUAAGGAUCCGUCGUCACCGGAUGGUGGCACGUACAGGUGUCACGUGAAGAACGAAUACGGCGAAAGUAAUGCGAAUCUGAAUCUGAACAUCGAGGCGGAACCGGAACCGGAAGGCGACGGACCGACAUUCGUGGAGAAGCCACGAAUACAGUCGCAAAACAAGGGCAAGCUCGUUGUUAUGGACUGCAAGGUCAAGGCGAAGCCGAAACCGCAGAUAGUGUGGACUUGCGCCGGUCAGGUGGUGAAGGAAUCCUCGAAGAUCUCCAUCAGCAUUGUUCAAGAGAAGGAGGAUAUCUAUUAUAUUAAAUUGACCCUGAACGAUCCUGGGCCGGAUGAUUCCGGUCUUUACAAGUGCAACAUCAAGAACGAUCUCGGUGAACUGAACGCCAAUCUGACGCUGAAUGUUGAGAUUAUACCUGUAAUCAAGGAGAAGCCGAGGGUAGUGAAAAUCAUUAAGAAGAAAACCGUGGUUGUUGAAUGUCACGUUCUUUCUAAAUUCGCGCCGGAUUGCACGUGGUUCAAAGAAACUCAAGCGGUUAAGGAGGACAGCAGACACAAGUUACACGUGGAGCAAGUCAAAGAAGGCGAGUUCUCCGUAAAACUCGAAAUCGAACAAAUGUCGGUGGCAGACAAAGGCGUGUACAAGUUGGUAGCGCGCAACGAAAAGGGCGAAGCCACGUCGCAAGUAGUAGAAGUAACGGAAAUUCCAGACCAAGGAGAAAAGCCAAAAAUUGUUACCGGCCUCAAAUCAAUUACUGUCGAGGAGGGCAAGACAGUCGAGCUCGUUGCUACUCUCGCAACGCAAGAUCGAAAAGUCACUGUCACAUGGUACAGAGAAUCGACGGUUAUCAAAGCGUCGAAAGACAUCAUGAUCUCCUUCAACGGUCUGGAUAUGAAACUAACUAUCACCUCGGCGUCGACCGAAUUUUCAGGAUCGUAUAAAGUCGUUGUGAGCAACGAAUUCGGCCAAGAUGAGUCGUCGGCCAGACUCGUCGUCAAGAAGAAAGAGGAAAAGAAGAAAGACGAAGAGGAAGAAGAAAAGAAGAAGAAGAAGGUUGAGAAGAAGGAAGAAAAGAAAGAAGAAGAGAAGAAAGAGGAGAAAAAGGUGGAAAAGAAGGAGGAAAAGAAAGAGGAGAAGAAAGAGGAGAAGGUGAUAAAUUCGCUAUGGAGCGACGACGAGGAUGAAGGAUCAGAAGAAUACGAGGAAGAAGUGGAAGAAGAGGAAGAAGUGGUGAGUGUAGUUGAGUCCAGCGUUGUCAGCACGGAAGCCAUUCUCGAGGAAUCUGACUCUGAAAUAAUUUCUCGCGUCGAGGAUAAGCCCGAUUUGAAACCAAAUGGUAUCGACAAACCAGAGGUUGGGAAGAAAAUGGAGAUCUUACAGAAAGACGAAGAAAUCGUGAACAAUGUAGAAGAAAGAAAAUCUGUUAAGAAGAAGCCUGCCGAAAAGAUUGAAGAGAAAAAAGAAGAAGAGAAGAAAAAAGUUAUAAAGAAGAAGGAACUAGAAUCCAAAGAGGCAUCUCAAGAAACUACGCCUAAAUCUGAAAAAAUUGUAGCUCGCAAAGAGAGCAGGGUAGAGGAACUCAAAGCAGAGAGUCGCCGCAGCUCGGUCAUUAAGAUGACCGAGGAAAAGAUAAUGGACGAUGGCACAUCAACACCACGACGUCUUUCCGUGCAAAAGACCCAAGAGGAAGUCAGAGUAGAAAGCAGACGAUCUUCCAUCGUAGAAAAGAAGAAAGGUGUCGUCGAGAAGACUACACUUACACCAACGACCAAGCCACACAUACACGAACCCGAUGAUGAAAUUGAGGACAUUUGGUCAUCUAAACCGACAGAACGUGAUAAUAAAAUGAUAAUCAACCAAACCAAAGCAAUUUCUUACACACGCGAAAGUGAUAAAAAACAAAAGGACGCACCUCCGGCCGCAGUUAAGCCGCGCAUACGCGAUUCGGAUGACGAGCUCGAGGAUGCUUGGAGCAUUCACAAUCCGGGAGAGCGUGAUAACGAAUCUGCGCCGCAUUACAGAGACGGCGAUACUCCCGAACAUGAAAUAGACGAGAAUAAACCUCCUACAGAGGCCAAGAGCAAAGACACUGACUCUACACUUGACAAGGAAAAAGUUCCUAAGAAAAAGCUGUCCACUAGACGUAAGUCGUCGACAAAAUCACCAGAAGGUUCAGAGGACCAAGAAUCUGUACUAAAACCAAAGAAGAAGAAAUCCAAACCUGUGGAUGAAUCUAAGAAAGAGGAAUCAGCCACAAAAACGAAAACCGUUGGAAAACUGGAAACAACUAAGGAGGAAGCUAAGUCUAAACCGGAAGAAAAGAAGGUGGAACCGAAAGCCAAACCUAAAGCGGAAGCAAUAAAGGAACCGCCAAAGACCAAACCAGACGAACCGAAGGAGGAACUGAAACCUAAACCUAAAGCAGAGGAAGCGAAGGAAACACCAAAGGUCAAACCUAAAACAGAGGAAGUAAAGCAACCACCGACACUCGAACCUAAACCUAAACCAAAGGAAGACAAGGUCGAAGAAAAGCUUAAAGCUAAAUCAGAAGAGACCAAGGUGACACCGAAAGCCAAACCUAAAGUAGACGAAGUAAAGGAGGAACCAAAAGUUAAACCUAAAGCUGAUGAAGUAAAGAAAGAGGAACUUGGGGUGAAACCCACGGAUAAACCGGAAGAACCGAAGAAAGAAGAAAAGGAGGAAGAAGUCACUAGAAGGAGUCUGAGGUCUGUCAAGCAACUCGAGGAGGAGAAGAAAACCCAAGAGAAAGUCGAGCUUAAGAAUGCCGUCGAGACCAAACCAAAAUCCCGUAUACCACCGAAACAGGAAGUUAAAACCGAAGGCUUUCAGGGAAUUCAGCUUAAAAAGGUUACAAAGGACGGGAAACAGCCUCAGCAGGCUGAGAGUACCAAGAUGGAACUUAAGAAAACCGAAAAGGCGGACAAAGCCGACGUGAAGAAGAGAAAGGCGUCGAAGGAUGCGAAAGAGGCGAGUUACGAGCUGCCGGAGAUUCCGGAUUACGAGAGGCCUGUACUCGAGAAACCUCAGGAAUUCGACUUCGGCGACUUCCAAGGUCGCGACAAGACAAAACUCGAAAGACCUACCACGCACAAAUUCGACUCUAAGCCGAAGGUACCGGAAAUCAAAGCGCCCGAGGCACCUAAGAUCGAAGUUAUCAAGGACGUGACACCGGUCGGAAGCAGAAAGGGCUCCAUAGUACCACCAGGAAGCGGUACCAGCAGUCGACGCGGUUCGCUUAUACCGCCCGAGGAAUUGGGUCGCAGACCCAGUCUGAUCAUCAGUGACGAGGAGCAUAGGAAGCUUCGUCCCGGCGAGGUGGUGGACGAGCGCAAGUUGGGAAAGUUACGACCCGGUGAGGUGUUGGACUCAAAGACUAAGUCCGGCCGACCAGGCGCGCUGCAAGAAAAGGAGCGUCGUCGUCCAAGCACGGCGGACAUCAGAAGACCCAGCGUGGCGGACCUCGAGAAUAAGAUCAAUCAGCCUAGCACACCUCUGCGAGAUGUCGGACCAGCUGGACCACCCCAAAUCGUCGAUGUCCAGGAGUCGUACUCCGCUGUCGAAGACUCGACGGCGUAUCUCACCGUCGCGGUGGAGGGCACGCCCGCGCCAACGUUCAAGUUCUACAAAGGCAUCACGGAGAUCAUCGAGGGUGGCCGAUUCAAGUUCCUCACUGAUACGGAAACCAACACGAUCACCCUCUGCAUGAGGAAGACGAAGCCCAACGACGAGGGCACCUACAAGAUCGUCGUGAGCAACAUCCAUGGCGAGGACUCCGCUGAGAUGCAGCUUUACGUUUCCGACGCCAGUGGUAUGGACUUCCGUGCCAUGUUGAAGAAGAGGAAGUAUCAGAAAUGGGGGAGAGAAGAGGCCGAACAAGAGAAGGUAGAUUUGAAAGAAGUCGAGAAACCCAUGCCAGCGUUGAAGAAAGUAGAAAGGAAACAAGAAAGCUUCCUGAAGCCACUGGUGGAUCAAUAUGCGAAAGAAGGCAAAGACAAGAAGGUUGUCUUCGAAGCAAACUUUUCGAAACCGAACUGCAAGCCGAAAUGGUUCUUCCGAAAGGACGAAUUGUUCCCGUCGGCGAAGUAUAAAUUCAAGAACGAAGAAGACUGCUACCAGCUUAUUAUCACUGGACCGAAAGUCGAAGACACUGGAAAAUACACAAUUGAAAUUGCUGGUGUAUCCACCACAGGCUUUCUUAAUGUGGAUGAACCCGACCCGACGUACACUUUCACAAAGCCGUUGUCGAAGAAAACCAGCGGUUUCACCAAGCACGAGGCUUACAUGGAAUGUACAGUCAGCUCCAACUUGGCGCAAGUCUCCUGGUACAAAGACAAAGAUAAACUCGAGGAUGGAGACCAAUACAGUAUUUCCAAAGACAUGUCGGGCGUGUGCCGGCUGACUAUCAAGAGCGCAACUCUCGAAGAUAGUGGCGAAUAUAGUUGCAGGAUAAAUAAGCAGUCAGACAGAACCGACACUGUUCUCACAAUAGUCGAAUAUCCUUACAAGUUUGUCAAAGUACUGAAACAUCAGCAACUGAUAGAAAAAGAGACACUGACCUUGUUGUGCGAACUGGACGACGACGGUGGUGACGUUCAAUGGUUCAAGGGAGAUCAAUUAAUCACGUCUGACAAGAGGGUACAAAUUAAAGAAGAUGGUAGAAAACGCAAGCUUAUCAUUAAAGAUUGCAAGGUCACUGAUGCUGGACUCUACUCCUGCGUGAGCAACGCCGACAAGACGGAAGCUGAAAUUGUGAUAAACUAUGCUAAUCGUUUCAACAAGAAGUUAAAGGACACCGUCGCGGUUGAGAGAGAAAAGUUGGUGUUGGAUGUCGAACUUCAAGAUCAGACCGCACCGGCUAUAUUCCACUUCAAUGGCCAGAAGAUAGAGCCCAACGAGCGAGUAGAGAUCAAGAAUCUGGGUGGCGGUAAGCAUCAGUUGGUCUUCAACAGAUUGGAGAUGACGGACGAUGGUGAGAUUAUGUGCGAGAGCGGUCAGUUGACCAGCAGUUGCAAACUGACCGUGAAGAGAGGCGAGAGCAAGCCUAUCGUCGACUUCCCCGACAAGGUUGAAGGACCUUGCAGUGCGCCACUGAUCUUUGUCGUGCCUUUCAAAGUCGAAGGCACCAAGCAGAGUCAAGUGGAAGCAAAAUUGAUGAAGGACGGCAAGGCAUUGCCUCUCAAGGACGUUGAAAUCGUCGUAGGCGAAGAUAAGAUCACGUACAAGAUCAAGAAACCGCAGCGUGAGUCAUCUGGAAUCUAUCAGAUAAAGAUCGGUAACAAUCAGGGUGAGGAAGUGAAGGAUGUGAAUAUUGUUAUGCAAGACGUUCCAUCUCCGCCAUUGGAUGUCGAAGUCAACGAGAUCUUUCAGAAUUCUUGCGUCGUAUCGUUCAAACCGUCCAAAGAUGAAGGAGGCACACCUAUUACAAAAUAUAUCAUCGAACGUCUCGAUCUUAGUCUGAAGUCACAGUGGGACAAUGUCGGUGAAGUCGCGCAGGGUGAAAAAUGCGUUUACAAGGUCGCGGAUCUCGUGGCGAAGAAAGAGUACAAAUUCCGCAUACGGGCUGUGAACAAACUCGGUUCCAGUGAGCCGGCUAUGUUUGCCAAGCCCGUCUUGGCCAAGGAUCCAUGGGAUGAACCCGGCAAACCCACAAACGUCGACGUAACCGAUUGGGACAAGGACCACGCGGAUCUGACAUGGACGAAACCCGAGAACGACGGUGGUGCACCGAUCACUGGUUACGUAAUCGAAUACAAAGAGAAGUUCGGUAAGGAGUGGGUGAAGGGCAAGGAGAUCGAGGGCGAUGUGACUCAAGCGACCAUUGACGGUCUGAAAGAAGGUACACAGUACGAGUUCAGAAUACGAGCUGUGAACAAGGCUGGUCCUGGUGAACCGUCCGACGCUACGAAACCGAUUAUUGCCAAAUGCCGAUUUGUCAAACCAUACAUCGUCGGCGACGGUCUCACGAACCUGAUCGUCAAGAAAGGCCAAGUCAUUAAAUACGAUAUCAAAUACGCCGGUGAGCCAGAACCUGAAGUGCACUGGUUGCUAGGUCAAAAGGAAAUCGUUCAGGACGCGGCCGAAAGGAUUACAAUCGACAAAUACGAGAGGAAUACCGUGUUGACAGUCAGAAGGACCACUAGACCUGAUUCCGGAAAGUACAAGCUAGUGCUAACGAACAGUUCCGGCACCUGCGAGAGCAUCGCCGACGUCGUCGUUCUCGACAAACCAUCGAUUCCGCAAGGACCACUUAAAGUGGAAGAAGUCCGUGCCAAUCACGUUAAGGUCAAGUGGGAUAAGCCAGAAGACAACGGCGGUACCGAUAUCACGGGUUAUGUAUUGGAAAAGAUGGAUCUGGAUACUGGACGAUGGAUUCCAGCCGGAGAAGUCGGUCCCAACGAAAAGACCUUUACAUUUUCUGGACUGACACCCAAGAAAAAAUACAAGUUCCGCGUCAAAGCGGUCAAUAAGGAAGGCGAGUCCGAACCGUUAGAGGUCGAAGAAGCCAUUCUUGCCAAAAAUCCUUAUGACGAGCCUGGCAAGCCUGGCAAGCCAGAGAUCUUCGAUUAUGAUAAUGUCAGCGUGUCGCUGAAGUGGGAAAAACCGAAGAGUGACGGUGGCAGACCGAUCACACAUUAUACCAUCGAGAUGAAAGACAAAUUUGCCGCCGAUUGGAUCGAAGUGGCCAAGACUAACGACGCUACUCCUGAGGUUAAAGUUGAAGACCUUAAGGAGAAGAUGGUGUAUCAAUUCCGCGUUCGUGCUCAUAAUAAAGCCGGACCUGGCGAACCUAGCGAUCCCACGGAUAAUCAUCUUUGCAAGCACAGAAACUUGAGACCGAGAAUCGAUCGAACCAACUUCAAAUCGAUCAUCAUCAAGGCUGGCCGCACUCACAAAUGGUCUGUGGACGUAUCUGGUGAACCUCCGCCAGAAACAAGAUGGAUUUGGAGGGACAAUAUCCCGCUAACCAAUACCGAACGUAUCAAGAUCGAAAAUGUCGAGUAUCAUACGAAUUUCUCUAUCAUUAAUGCAAUGCGCAAGGAUACUGGAAAGUACACCCUCGUCGCCGAGAACGCUAACGGCAAAGAUGAAGAAACUGUUGAACUCACAGUACUCGGAAAACCAAGCGCUCCCAAGGGACCUCUGGAAGUCAGCGAUGUUACCAAUACCACAGCCAAGGUGAAAUGGGAAAAACCGGAGGACGACGGUGGUGUGCCGAUCAAAGAAUACGAGAUCGAAAAGAUGGACACAAAGACCGGCAAAUGGGUCAGAGUGGGCAAAAUACCUGGAAACUCGCCCAAUACGGAAUUCGAAGUAACCGGCUUGAAUCCCGGAAGCGAAUACAAGUUCCGUGUGACGGCUGUCAACGACGAGGGCGAUUCGGAGCCUUUGGAGAGCGAGCGCGGCGUCGUUGCCAGAAAUCCGUACGAUGAACCUCUGAAACCUGGAACUCCCGAAAUUACCGAUUACGACAACGAAUCCGUGAGCUUGAAAUGGGCUCCGCCCGAAUUCGACGGAGGAGCGCCGAUCGAGAAAUAUAUUAUCGAAAAGAAAGAUCGGUACAAGCCUGACUGGGAGAAGGCGAUCGAAGUGCCUGGAAAUCAACUUGAGGGCAAAGUACCGGAUUUGAAGGAAAGGGGCGAGUACCAGUUUCGUGUCAUUGCCGUGAAUAAAGCUGGACCGUCGCCUCCGUCAGACGCGUCGAAGAUGCAGAUUUGCAAGCACAAAGCUCUGAAACCGAGAAUCGAUAGAACGAAUUUGAAACCGAUCGUUGUACGAGCUGGCAAAUCUGUCAAGUACGAUGUGGACGUACGCGGUGAACCGCCACCAGAAAUCACAUGGUACCACGUCGGCAGUGAGGUGAAAUCCGGUGAGAACAUCGAGAUCGUUAAUGUUGACUACAACACCAAACUCAGCAUCACCGAUAGCGUGCGUAAAAACACUGGCUUGUGGAAGAUCAAAGCUGUUAAUCCUCAUGGCGAGGACGAGGCCGAAGUCGAAAUUACGAUAUUAGGGGCUCCUGGAAAACCGAAGGGACCGCUCAAAGUGACGGACGUCACGAAGAACAGUUGCAAACUCAAAUGGGGCAAGCCGGAGGAUGACGGCGGCAAACCGAUUACCGGCUAUCAAGUAGAGAAACUAGAUAAAUCAACCGGCAGAUGGGUACCCGUUGGUCGAACCACGGAUACCGAAAUGGAUGUAAAAGGUCUUCAAGAGGGACAUGAAUACGAAUUUAGAGUGAAGGCUUUGAAUGAAGAAGGUGAAUCGGAACCGCUCGUGACAGACGGUUCCACGAUUGCGAAGAAUCCUUAUGAUGUCACCAGCAAACCUGGCACACCAGAAUUUGAGGACUGGGAUGUUGAUCGCGUUGAUCUCAAAUGGGAACCUCCCAAAAAUACCGGCGGUGCGCCGAUCACUGGCUAUAUCAUUGAAAAGAAAGAGAAACCUUCUUCGCAAUGGGAAGAAGCUCUUGUUACCGAUUCGCCUCAACCGAAAGGUCGUGUCACCGGCUUGAAAAAGGGUUCCACUUAUCAGUUCCGUGUUCGUGCUGUUAACAAGGCCGGACCGUCGGAGCCAAGCGACCCGACCAAACCGCACGUUGCAAAAGCAAGAUUCCUUAAACCGCACAUCAAUCGUGACAAGCUUCAGACAAUCAAAGUUAGAGCGGGUCAACUGGUGAAAUUGGAGGUUGAUGUCGAAGGUGAACCUCCUCCAACCGUUACAUGGAGCUUUGCAGGCGCGCCUCUUAAAACCGGAGCCAACGUUAAAAUCGAUAAUGAAGAUUAUCUUACCAAGAUUCACUUGACGAACACCAGUCGCAAGUUAACUGGAAAAUACACUAUUAAGGCUGUGAACGACUCCGGAGAAGAUGAGGCUGAUGUAGAAAUUAAUAUUCUCGACAAACCUGGAAAACCGGAGGAACCGUUAGAAGUGACAGAUGUGCACAAAGAGGGCUGUAAGUUGAAAUGGAACAAACCAAAGGACGAUGGUGGUCUUCCUCUGUCCAGCUAUUUAGUAGAAAAGAUGGACGUGACAACAGGUUGUUGGGUACCAGCCGGUAUCGUGGAUCCUGAAAAAACUGAGCACACGAUUACCGGUUUGGAACCCGGCCAUAAGUACGAAUUCCGGGUGAAGGCUGUGAAUGAGGAAGGAGAAUCGGAACCUCUGCAGACCGACGCUGGCAUUGUAGCCAAAAAUCCAUACGAUGCUCCAGCGGCGCCUGGACUUCCAGAAAUUAUUGAUUGGUCGGAAAAUAUGGUAAAACUCAAGUGGGAGCCACCGAUAAGAGACGGUGGGGCACCAAUUACUGGAUAUAUCAUCGAAAUGAAAGACAAGUUUGGCACUAACUUUGUCAAGGCAGCUGAGGUAGAAGGGCCCAUAUGUACUGGCACAGUUCCGCGUUUGGAAGAAGGCAAUCAGUAUCAAUUUAGAGUACGCGCUGUCAACAAGGCUGGUCCUGGCGAACCUAGCGAAGCCACCAAUCCACACACUGCUAAAGCUCGGUGGUUGAAACCGUACAUUGACCGCACGAACCUGCAACCUAUAACGGUGAAGGUCGGUCUUACUGUGACUCUGGACGUGAAUAUAAUCGGUGAACCUCCGCCAAAAGUCACUUGGAUCUUUAAGGACAAAGAACUUCAAUCGGACGAUACGAUACGAAUUGACAGCGUUGACUAUAAUACCAAGUUCUUCAUUCUAAAGACUAAACGAGCGCAUACCGGCAAGUACGUGAUUAAGGCGAAGAACGAGGUUGGUGAAGACACAGCCGAGGUUGAAAUCACUGUUCUCGGCAAGCCCAGUAAGCCAAAGGGUCCACUGGAGGUGUCUGAUGUUAACAAACAUGGCUGUAAACUCAAAUGGGACAAACCUGAAGACGACGGCGGCUCACCGGUCGAGUAUUACGAGAUCGAGAAGUUGGAUCCUCUCACGGGACAAUGGAUACCCUGCGGUCGCAGUAUAGAACCAGAAGCGACCAUAACAGGAUUACAAGAGGGCAAGCCAUACAAAUUCCGCGUGAAAGCUGUCAAUAAAGAAGGAGAAUCCGACGAUUUAGAAGCGGAUAAAUCAAUCAUAGCCAAAAAUCCAUUUGACGAACCGGGCAAACCUGGUCGACCGGAACUUAAGAACUGGGACAAAGACUUCGUCGAUCUCGAAUGGACUCCGCCGAAAGACGACGGCGGUGCGCCAAUCGAGAAAUACAUUGUACAGAUGCGGGACAAAGAAGGUAGACAGUGGAUAGACGUUGCCAAAGUUCCUGGAGAUCGUACGGCUGCCAAGGUAACCGACGGUAUUCAAGAAGGUCACGAGUAUGAGUUCAGGAUUGUGGCGGUCAACAAGGCCGGACCUGGCGAGCCUAGUGACACGUCGAAGAGCGUCGUUGCCAAACCUCGAUUCCUGGCGCCUCAUAUCGAUCGCAAGAAUCUGCAGAAAAAAGUCAUGCGAAUUGGUCAAAUGCUGCGAAUGGAAGCCGAUAUCAAGGGCGAACCGCCUCCAGUUGUCACGUGGAAACUUAAAGACGUGACGUUAAAGAGCAUGGACCGUCUCAAGAUCGAGAAUGAGGACUACCAUACUAUGUUCAUUCUCAACAAACUUCAACGCUCGGACACCGGCACUUAUACUGUCAUUGCUAAAAAUGACAGCGGCACUGAUCAAGUCGAUGUUGAACUGCAGGUACUGAGUAAACCAAGCAAGCCGAAAGGGCCGCUCGAAGUGUCCGAUGUGACGGCCGAGGGUUGCAAACUUAAAUGGGACAAACCCGACGACGACGGCGGUGAGCCGGUUGAUCAUUACGUUAUCGAGAGAAUGGACGUGGACACCGGACGUUGGGUGCCGUGCGGCACCAGCAAAACACCGGAAGCUGACGUGUCCGGAUUGAACGAAGGCAAAGAUUACUUAUUCCGUGUCAAAGCUGUCAACUCCGAGGGCGAGUCCGAGCCUCUGGAAACAUCUAUUCCAACAACUGCCAAGAAUCCUUACUCGGAGCCCGACGCGCCCGGUAAACCCGAGUUGAAAGACUGGUCAAAGAAUCAUGUUGAUCUGAAAUGGAAAGCCCCGAAGAAGGACGGCGGUGCUCCUAUCGAGAAAUAUAUUAUAGAGAAGAAAGAUCAAUACGGCAAGUGGCAAAAAGCCGUGGAAGUUCCAGGUAAUAAGACCGAAGCCAAGGUGCCGGAUCUUGUGGAGGGCCAGAAGUAUCAGUUCCGCGUGAAAGCCGUGAACAAGGGUGGUCAGAGCAAGCCCAGCGAGCCAAGCGAUACGUUAAUCGCCAAAGAUCGCUACGCCGCGCCUAAGAUCGAUCGUACUAAUCUGAAAGACAUUACAAUCAAGGCCGGCAACAUCAUUCGGCUGGACGUCAAAGUCACGGGUGAACCGCCACCGACCAAGACCUGGUUCCUGAACAAAGCCAAGCAAGAAUCCGGCAAUGUUCUAACCAUUGAGGUUGAAGACUACAAAACCAAGUUUGUUGUCUCUUCGGCGACCAGAGCGCACUGCGGCACUCUGACCUUGAAGGCGGAGAACAGCUCCGGUAAAGAUGAGGCGUCCAUUGAGAUCUUGGUGCUGGACAAACCAAGCAAACCAGAAGGGCCGCUCAAGGUAUCCGACGUGCACAAGGAAGGCUGCACACUUAAGUGGAACCCGCCCUUGGACGACGGCGGUGCACCUUUGGAUCAUUACGUGGUUGAAAAAAUGGAUACAGAAACUGGUAGAUGGAUACCGAUUGGACGUACCAAAGAGCCUAAUAUGGCAGUAGAGAAUCUUGUACCUGGUCAGGAAUACAAGUUCCGAGUCGCGGCUGUGAAUGCAGAGGGCGAAUCCGAACCGUUAGAGACUGAACAUGGAAUUGUUGCCAAAAAUCCGUUCGACGAACCUGGCGCACCAGGUCGUCCGGAAGCAACUGAUUGGGACAAAGAUCACGUGGACUUGCGAUGGACUCCACCGUUGAAGGAUGGCGGAUCUCCAAUCACCGGAUACGUGAUCGAGAAGCGAGAAAAGGGCGCACCCAAGUGGAUCAAGGCAUGCGAAACCGGACCGGAUUGCAAAGGUCGUGUCGAUAACCUCGACGAGGGUGUUGAAUAUGAGUUCAGAGUCAAAGCCGUCAACGCCGCGGGACCCGGCGAACCGUCUGAUGCCAGCAAACCGAUCACUGCUAAGAGUCGAAGACUUCCACCAAAGAUUGACAGACGAAAUCUGCGUGACAUAACUGUACGCGAGAACGAAGCGUUCCACUUCGAUGUUAAGAUCAUCGGCGAGCCACCGCCAGAUGUCACAUGGGUGAUCAACAACAAGAGCAUUCAGCAAACUACACAUCGCAGAAUACAAAACGUACCUUAUAACAGCAAGUUCUUCAACGACAAACCCGAACGCAAAGACAGCGGCACCUACAAGAUCACGGCAAUCAAUCAGUUCGGAUCUGAUACUGCCGAAGUUGAAGUCACUGUUGUUUCCAAACCUGGCAAGCCGGAAGGACCGCUAGAAGUAUCCGACGUGCAUAAAGAAGGAUGUACACUCAAAUGGAAGAAACCAAAAGAUGAUGGCGGAGAACCGAUUGAAGGUUACUUAGUGGAGAAAUUCGAUCCGGAGACCGGUGUCUGGCUACCAGUAGGUAAAACUACUGGACCGGAGAUGAAGGUCGAGGGUCUUACACCUGGACACGAAUACAAGUUCCGUGUUAAGGCGCUUAACAAAGAAGGAGAGUCCGAGCCGUUGGAGACUUUCAGUUCCAUCGUAGCCAAAGAUCCAUUCACUGUACCAUCUGCGCCCGGAGCACCUGAGCCGGUCGAUUGGACGGCCAGUCAGGUUGAACUCACGUGGAAAGAACCCGUUAGCGAUGGUGGUUCGCCCAUUACGAGCUACAUCGUUGAGAAGAAGGACAAAUACAGCACCAUGUGGGAGAAAGCUUUGGAGACCGAAACACCGGUCACCAAAGCUCUGGUGCACGGUUUAAUAGAAGGCAAUGAUUAUCAAUUCCGUGUAAUUGCCGUAAACAAAGCCGGUCAAUCGGAGCCGGGUGAAGCCAGCAAGACGUUCACGGCUAAGCCACGCUUCUUGGCCCCGAAGAUCGAUAGGCGCAAUCUGAGGGACGUCACCCUGUCCGCUGGCUCGAUGCUCAAGUUCGACGCCAACGUGAUAGGCGAACCGCCGCCGCACAUCGAGUGGCGUUACGGCGCGAUACCGCUGCAUUCCGAUCGCAAGACACAAAUCGACAACAGCGAUUACAACACAAAGUUCAGCAUACGGCCAGUGUCGCGAGACGACAGUGGCGAUUAUACUGUCACUGCGAGUAACUCGUCAGGCAAGGACUCGGUUACGGUGCAGGUGACGGUGACAGACAAGCCGACACCGCCCGAGGGACCGCUUCAGGUGUCGGACGUGCACAAAGAGGGAUGCAAACUUAAGUGGAAGAGACCCAAAGACGACGGUGGCACACCUAUCGAAUAUUACCAGGUGGAUAAAAUGGACCCGGAAACUGGAUGCUGGGUACCUUGCGGACGUUCCACCGAACCGAAUCUCGAGGUGACAGGUUUAACUCCAGGCAAGGAAUAUCUCUUCCGUGUAUCCGCGGUCAAUGCUGAAGGCGAAUCAAAGCCUUUGGAAGCGGAACAAGCGAUAUUAGCUAAGAAUCCAUUCGACGAGCCAGGCAAGCCGGGUGAUCUCCAAGCUACAGAUUGGGACAAAGAUCAUGUCGAUCUCAAAUGGACUCCACCGGAAAAGGACGGUGGUUCACCGAUCACUGGUUACAUAAUCGAAAAGAAAGACAAGUACGGCGAAUGGGAAAAGGCGCUGGAAGUGCCCGCAGAUGAAACCUCCGCUACCGUGCCCGAUUUGAUCGAGGGCCAGCCGUACGAGUUCCGCGUGCGAGCCGUGAACAAAGCUGGUCCCGGCGAGCCGUCAGACGCCACACCGACUAUCAUCGCGAAACCGCGCAAUCAAGCGCCUAGAAUCGAUCGUACGAACCUGAUCGAAGUGAGAAUCAAGGCCGGCCAGAACUUCAACUUUGACUGCAAAGUGACGGGCGAACCGCCACCGACCACCAAAUGGAUGCUGAACGGCAAGGAGGUCCGUCCUACCGAUCGUAUCAAGGUCAAGCAUGUGGACUACAACACCAGUCUGAGCGUGCGGAUGGCCACCAGAUCGGAAUCCGGCAAGUACACCGUAAUCGCGGAGAACAUCAACGGCCGGGACGAGGCAUUUGUCAAGGUCACUGUACUCGAUAAGCCGAGCCCGCCUCAAGGUCCGCUACGCGUGUCCGAUGUUCACGCCGAGGGUUGCAAGCUCUCGUGGAAGCCACCCGAGGAUGAUGGUGGGCAACCAGUGGAAAAAUACGUUGUGGAGAAGAUGGACGAAGCUACGGGUCGCUGGGUACCGGCCGGAGAAACCGAUGGUCCAGAAACGAACUUGCAGGUGGAAGGCUUGACGCCUGGACACAAGUACAAGUUCAGAGUUAGAGCUGUCAACAAACAGGGCAAGUCCGAGCCGCUCACUUGCAUGCAGAGUAUCGAGGCGAAGAAUCCUUUCGACGAACCAGGAAAACCGGGUACGCCCGAGGUGGUUGAUUACGAUACGGACUUUGUUGAACUUCAAUGGAAGCGUCCUGAAGAAGACGGAGGAUCACCGAUCACGGGUUACAUUAUUGAAAAGCGCGAUAAAUAUAAUCCGACAUGGGAAAAAUGUGCUGAGGUAGAUGGCGAUACAAACCGCGGCAAAGUUAACGAUUUGGUCGAAGGAACUCAAUACGAAUUCCGCGUGAGGGCCGUAAACAAGGCUGGUCCUGGUGAACCUUCGGAAGCGUCCAAAUCUCAUCUGGCGCGUCCAAAGAAUCUUCCACCGAAGAUCGACAGGAAGUAUAUGCUGGACGUGAAGGUGCGCGCUGGCAGUUUCUUCGACUUCGACGUGCCGGUGAUCGGUGAGCCGCCUCCGAGCAAAGUAUGGUCGUUGAAAGACGUUACAGUUAUGGCAAGUGAUCGCAUAAAGAUUACCACCGAAGAUUAUAACAUCAAAGUUCGCGUGAUGGAAGCGAAACGUUCCGAUUCUGGCGUUUACACAUUAGAAGCCAGAAAUGUGAACGGCAAGGAUUCCGCCACGUUGACCGUGAACGUGCUGGACGUGCCUUCACCGCCAGAGGGCCCGUUGAAAAUUGACAAUAUUACCAAGAGCGGUUGUAAUCUAAAGUGGCGUCCGCCCAAAGACGACGGCGGUUCCGAGAUCCAAUAUUACCAGGUCGAGAAGAUGGACACAGAGAACAUGCGCUGGGUGCCUGUGGCCGAAGCAACCACCACAUACGCGCGAGUGGAUCAUCUGAUAGAGGGUCACGACUAUCAGUUCCGCGUGCGCGCGGUUAACAAGCAAGGCGAGUCACAACCGUUGGCGGGAAUGGACACCAUCACUGCCAAAGAUCCGUUCGCCAAGCCGGACAAACCCGGAACGCCAGUGGCCACCGACUGGGACAAAGAUCACGUGGAUCUUGAAUGGACACCACCCAAGAAAGACGGCGGAUCGCCCAUAACUGGCUACAUCAUUGAAAAACGGCCACGUUUCGGACAGUGGGAGAAAGCCGCCGAGGUACCUGGAGAUAAGACUAGCGCCAGAGUGCCAGAUCUGACCGAGGGUCAGGAAUACGAGUUCAGAGUCAUUGCCGUGAACAAAGGCGGACCUGGUGAACCGUCCGACGCGUCGGCGCCGGUGGUUGCCAAACCACGCUUUAUUGCUCCUUCGUUCGACACGCACUUGCUCAACGACUUGGUGGUGCGCGCCGGUCAGAAGAUCAGCUACAACAUUCCCAUCGUGGCGUCGCCCAAACCAAAGGCAACGUGGACUCGCGAUGGAGUUGAAAUUGUGGCCGAUGCUCGUCACGAGAUGUACACUACCAGUACCGAGACAUCUUUCGAGAUUCCAUUCUCCGUGCGCGGUGAUACUGGACGUUACACUUUGAAUUUGGAAAACGAGCAUGGCACUUUCAGUGCCAGCGCGAGAGUUACUGUCCUAGACAGACCGGCGCCACCGGAGAAACCUCUGGAAGUCAGCAAUGUCACUAAGGAAGGUUGCCACUUGACCUGGAAUCAUCCGCUCGAUGACGGCGGCAGUCCAAUUCUGCACUACGUCAUCGAGAAAAUGGAUCUGUCUCGCGGAACUUGGUCCGACGCCGGUAUGAGCAUGGUGCUGAGUCACGAGGUCAGUCGUUUAACACAUCGCAAGGAGUAUCUGUUCCGCGUCAAGGCGGUAAACAACAUCGGAGAGUCCGAUCCGCUCGAAACUACGAAGAGCAUUAUUGCGAAGAAUGAGUUUGAUGAGCCAGACGCGCCCGGUAAACCACAGAUUACGGACUGGGACAAGGAUCAUGUGGAUCUGGAAUGGCCGGCGCCAAAGAACGACGGCGGAUCACCGAUCACAGGCUACAUCGUUCAGAAGAAAGAGAAGGGCAGUCCUUAUUGGGUGAAUGCUGUUCACGUUCCAAAAGGUCAGACGAGCACAACUGUUCCGGAUCUGACGGAAGGUCAAGAAUACGAGUUCCGUGUGAUCGCUGUCAAUGCCGCCGGUCAAUCCGAGCCGUCAGAACCCAGCGAUCUGGUCACUGCCAAACCUCGUUAUCUGGCUCCGAAGAUCAAGACGCCCUUACAAGAUGUACGCAUCAAGGCCGGACUUAUAUUCCACGUGGAUAUUGACUUCGUCGGCGAACCAACGCCAGAGGUGACCUGGAGCGUGGGAAGCAACGAGUUGACUUCCAACGACAGAACGACGAUCACGUCGAUCGGUUACCACACGAUCGUGCACAUAGUUAAUGCUAAGAGGUCCGAUUCGGGACUGUACCACCUGUUGCUGAAGAACAGCAGCGGCAUAGACGAGGGCAGUUUCCAAAUGACAGUUCUGGACAAACCUGGACCUCCAGAAGGUCCUUUGCAGUACGAAGAAAUCACCAGCCAAUCUGUCACGCUCUCGUGGAAGCCACCGAAGGAUAAUGGCGGAAGCGAGCUUACUGGAUACAUUAUUGAAAAGCGCGAUCUCACACACGGUGGCGGCUGGGUACCAGCUGUUACACACGUUAAUCCCAAGUAUAAUCACGCAACUGUGCCGAGACUCCUCGAAGGAACUACGUACGAAUUCCGCGUGUCCGCAGAAAAUCUUCAGGGACGCUCCGAGCCGCUGACCACUGACCGAUCUGUCGUUGCCAAGAAUCAAUUCGUGGUGCCCGGACAACCCGGCAAGCCAGAAUGCGUCGACGCCGACAAGGAUCACAUCAAGAUCAAAUGGACUCCGCCGAUCAGCAACGGAGGCUCUAAAAUUAUCGGCUACGACGUGGAACGUCGCGAUCGCGCCACCGGUCGCUGGAUAAAACAGAACAAGGAACCUGUCAGAUACCCCGAAUAUUACGACGAUCAUGUAACGGAAGGUCACCAGUACGAAUAUCGCGUGUCGGCUAUAAAUGCCGCCGGUGCUGGAAAACCGAGCGAAACUUCGUCCGUGUUCACGGCCAAACCAAUGAAGGAGAAGCCUAAACUCCAUUUGGACGCUUUAAUCGGUCGCAAGAUCAAAGUCCGUGCCGGAGAACCGAUUAAUGUCAACAUUCCGUUGUCUGGCGCGCCUACACCAAAGAUCGAAUGGACGAAGGAUGGAAAAUCACUCACGGAGACUCUUCGGCUAUCCACCGAAACCAAGAGCGAUCGAACGCAGCUGCUGAUCGAGAAAUCCGUAAGAGAUGACAGCGGUAUGUACACCAUUACCGCGUCCAACGAGCACGGAAAGGAUUCCGCUGACAUCGAGGUGAUAGUCGUGGACAAACCUGGACCGCCUCAAGGUCCUCUGCAAUACACCGGCACCACGCAGGAAACCGUUGGAUUGUCCUGGAAUCCACCGUUGGACAAUGGCGGAUCCGAUAUCACGAAUUAUAUCGUCGAAGUUUCGGAUUACGGAUCCGACAAUUGGCGACAAGUGCCAGGAUACGUUCCCAGGACAAACUUCACGGCGAGGGGACUGACCGAAGGCAAGAAGUACGUCUUCAGGGUUCGCGCCGAGAAUAUGUACGGAGUAUCGGAGCCUUUGGAAGGCAAACCCGUGAUCGCCAAGAGUCCUUACGAUCCACCGGACGCGCCGAGCCAGCCCGAAAUUCUCGGCUACACUCCCAACAGCUGCAGUCUCACAUGGAAUCCGCCUAUCAACACCGGCGGGAAACCUAUCACUGGUUAUUACGUGGAAAGGCGUGAGCGUGGCGGCGAAUGGUUGAAGGUCAACAACUAUCCGACACCGAAUACGACAUUCACUGUGCAAGAUCUUCAUGAGGGGUCACGAUACGAAUUCCGGGUUAUCGCUGUCAAUGAGGCCGGACCUGGUAAACCUAGCAAACCUACCGAACCUAUCACAGCCGGACAUCAACGUCUUCGUCCUGACGCACCUGAACCACCUAAGGCGGACAGAAUCACCAAAGACUCGGUAACCCUGAGCUGGCGUCCACCGCGAAGCGACGGCGGCGCGAAGAUCAGAGGCUACAUUAUUCAGAAGAAAGCCAAGGGUGAUGACAAUUGGUCAGAUGUGAACGGCUCGCCCGUACCGAGCAACGUGUAUACCGUGCCGAAACUGAAAGAAGGCGAGGAGUAUCUCUUCAGGGUUAUUGCGGUGAACGACGUUGGUAACAGCGACCCGAGCCGAGCCAGCAAUCCCAUCAUCAUCGAGGAGCAACCGAAUAAACCGGUUAUGGACCUCGGCGGAGUUCGCGACAUUACCGUGCGCGCUGGCGAGGACUUCUCCAUUCAUGUGCCUUACGUCGGCUUCCCCAAACCGACUGCCACGUGGUUUGCCAACGACGUUGUCAAGGAUGAAACCGAUUCGCGUGUGCAUCAACAACUGGCCGAUGAUUUUGCCAGCUUGGUAGUUAAGAAUGCAAAACGUUCCGAUGGAGGUCAGUACAGACUUCAACUGCGUAAUUCGUCCGGCUUCGACACGGCGACCGUCAACGUCAAGGUACUCGAUCGUCCCGCUCCACCUGAAAAUCUUCGCGCGGACGAAUUUGCCGGCGAUGCUCUUACUCUCUUCUGGAAUCCGCCCAAGGAUAACGGCGGUGCCGAUAUUACCAAUUACGUGAUCGAGAAGAAGGAACCAAGGUCCGCAACGUGGUCUAAGGUGAGCAGCUAUGUGACAACGCCAUUUGUGCGCGUGAGAAAUCUGACGGUCGGUCAGGUCUACGAAUUCCGAGUGAUGGCUGAGAAUCAAUACGGCACGUCGGAUCCUGCAACAACGAUCGAUCCGAUCAAGGCGAGAUAUCCGUUUGAUCCUCCAGGCGCGCCAGGUACACCUCGCGGUGUGGAAACCACCGAGGACAGCAUUACCAUCACGUGGACCAAACCGCGUCACGAUGGCGGCUCGCCGAUCAUCGGAUACGUCAUUGAGAAGCGUCUUCUGAGCGAGGACAAGUGGGUCAAGGCCACUCCAGCUCUGGUGCACGAUACUACUUACAAAAUCACAGGACUGAUCGAGAAUCACGAUUACGAGUUCCGCGUAGCUGCGGAAAAUGCCGCCGGUCGUGGACCAUGGAGCUCCAACUCCGACAUUAUUCGCGCCAGUGCGCCACCAUUCCCGCCUAAGAUUACGAGCGACCUCAGCAUCCGCGAUAUGACUGUGAUCGCCGGCGAACCGUUCACCAUCACGGUUCCGUAUCAAGCUAAUCCCAAGCCGAAACCAAACUGGUCCAUCAAUGGCGAAGAAGUUCUCACCGAUGAUAGGAUCAAAUUCGAGACGACCGACGUUGCGUCGCAGUUUAUUAACAAAAAAGCGAAGAGGUCAGACACCGGCACGUACACGAUAUAUCUCACGAACACCGUUGGCACAGACUCCGCUUCGUGCAGAGUCCUCGUUGUCGACAAACCGUCCCCGCCUCUGGCACCUCUAGAUAUCUCCGACAUCACUCCCGAGACCUGUACGUUGUCGUGGAAACCACCCUUCGACGAUGGCGGCUCACCUAUUACGAAUUACAUCGUCGAGAAAUUAGAUCCGGCCGGCUUCUGGGUGAAGCUCAGUAGCUUCGUGAGAAACACACAUUACGACGUGAUCGGUCUGGAACCGAAUCGCACGUACAACUUCCGCGUAAGAGCGGAGAAUCAGUACGGCGUGUCGGACCCAUUGCAGGCUGACGAACCGAUAACGGCCAAGUUCCCAUUCACGGUGCCAGAUCCACCUGGACAGCCGCGUGUUAUCGAUUGGGACACCUCGAACGCCACGGUUGUCUGGACGAGACCAUUGUCCGAUGGUGGAUCUCGUAUUCAGGGUUACAAGAUCGAGUUCCGCGACCCUGCCGAGGACGUGCAAUGGCGCGUGGCGAACGAUUACCUCUUCAAGGACACAACGUACGUGUGUUACGGUCUGCAAAGCGGUCACGAGUACGAGUUUAGAAUACGCGCCAAGAACGCGGCCGGCUUCAGUAAACCGAGCCCGCCGUCUUCGCCGUUCAGAAUCAAGAGUAAGUUUAACGUGCCGUCGCCACCGGGCACGCCGCAAGUUAUCAAAGUCGGUAAGAAUUACGUCGAUCUACGAUGGGAACCGCCCGUAUCCGACGGCGGCAGCAAGAUCACCGGCUACGUGAUCGAGAAGCGCGAGGUCGGAAGCGCGAUGUGGUCCAAGUGCAACGAGUACAACGUCGUCGACACCGAAUACACGGUCAUGCAUCUGAUCGAGCGUGGAGAUUACGAGUUCAGAGUGUUCGCGGUGAACGCCGCCGGCAGAUCCGAACCGAGCUCGUGCACCACGCCGGUGAAGAUUUGCGAGGUCGAGGGAGGCGAAAAGCCGGAAUUCAUCAGAAAUCUUCCGAUCAGUCAGAUUAUACCACUUGGCAAGACCCUCGUUCUCGAGUGCGAGGCCACGGGUAAACCUCUGCCGACCGCCAGGUGGCUGAAGAACGGUCGCGAGAUCACCUUAGGCGGUCGAUUCCGCGCCGAGUCGAUAAACGGCAUCUACAGGCUGGUAAUCUCCGAGGUAUGGGACGCGGACGACGGUGACUACAGCUGUCAGAUCUCGAACCCACUCGGUAUUGCUACGACCACGUGCAGACUGAAGAUCGGCACGCCACCGCGCAUCGAACGUAUGCCGGGCGAUCUCUAUCUGCCGGAGGGUGACAACACGAAGAUCAAGAUUUAUUACAGCGGUGAUCAGCCAAUGGAAGUGACCCUGAAGAAAGAUGGUCGUAAGAUUGUGGAGACUACGCAUAUUAAAUACACGGUCUUCGAUGAGUAUCUCAUCAUCUUCAUCAAAGACAUUCAGAAGGAUGACGGCGGUACUUACGACUUGUCCAUCUCGAACGAUAGCGGCAGUGUCAGCGCCUCGUUCACCGUAUACAUCACCGGAUUACCUGGACCUCCAACCGGACCACUCGAUGUCUCUGACAUCGACAAGCACACCUGCACUCUAUCCUGGCAUCCGCCCAAGUACGACGGUGGUCUCCGGGUGACCCAUUACGUGGUGGAGCGUCGCGAUGUCAGUCACACGCACUGGAUCAUCGUGUCGUCCUUCUGCAAAGACACUACGUUCGUCGUGCAAGGUCUCACCGAGGGUCAAGAGUAUCUUUUCAGGGUGAUGGCUGCCAACGACAACGGCAUGGGCCCGCCAUUGGAAGGUACCAACCCGAUCAAGGCCAAAGCGCCGUUCGACCCGCCAGGACCACCCGGCACGCCCAAGGUCAUCGAGGUGGGCGGAGAUUUCGUCAAUCUCUCGUGGGAAAAACCAGAGACAGAUGGUGGCGCGAGAAUUCAAGGUUACUGGAUCGACAAGAGAGAAGUCAACAGUCAGGCUUGGCAGCGCGUUAACGUUAGCAUUUGUCUGCCGACGCAAAUCAACAUUAGCAAUCUUAUCGAGGGAAGGCAAUACGAGUUCCGAGUGUUCGCACAAAACGUAGCCGGACUCAGUCCCGAGUCCAAGGCCUCAACAUCCGUAAAGAUCGUCGAUCCGCAGGCAGCGAAGCCUCCAGAAAUUAUCUCACCACUUCAGAGGGUGAACUGCGUCCAGAAUCACAAUGCUCACUUCCAAUGCAAGAUUAUUGGCACUCCGAAGCCUACCAUCACGUGGUUCAAGGGCGCUCGCGAGAUCGUGAGCGGUAGCCGGUACAACAUCUACUCCGAGGGCGACACUCAUAAUCUCAUCAUUCACGACGUGUUCGGCGAGGACGCCGACGAGUACUUCUGUCGCGCGGUGAACAAGUGCGGCGUGAAAUCCACGAAGGGCGAGCUCUUCAUCAAGACACCGCCGAAGUUGAACGUGCCGCCGCGAUUCCGCGACACCGCCUUCUUCGACAAGGGCGUGAACGUCGUUAUCAAGAUCCCGUUCACCGGUUAUCCGAAACCAAAGAUUACGUGGGUGCGCGAGGGCGAGGUGAUCGAGUCCGGCGGUCAUUACGCCGUCGAAGUGAAGGAACGUCACGCCGUGCUGACGAUCCGCGACGGCAGCCGCAUCGACUCAGGUCCGUACCGCAUCACAGCCGAGAACGAUCUCGGCCAGGACACGGCCAUCAUCAAGAUUCAGAUCAGCGACCGUCCGGAUCCGCCGAGAUUCCCGCAGGUGGAUAACGUCGGCCACGACUCGCUCGCGGUCAGCUGGAAACCACCGGUUUGGGACGGCGGCAGCAACAUCACCAAUUACGUGGUGGAGAAGCGCGAGCAUCCGAUGAGCAGCUGGAUACGAGCGGGCAACACCAGGUUCUGCACGCUCGCGGUAACCGGUCUCAGUCCGGGACACCAAUAUGACUUCCGAGUGUGCGCGGAGAACAUCUACGGCCGAUCCGAUCCGAGCGAGGUGACGCCGCUGAUCACCACGAAGGGCAUUAUCAAGCGCGAGUACAAGAAGAAGGAAUACGAGGUGGACGCGACCGGCAAGAAGAUACGCGGCCGCGAAGACGAGAAACCGCACGAUUACGAUCAGUUCGUGUUCGACGUCUACAGCAAAUAUGUGCCGCAGCCGGUGGAGAUCAAGCACACGUCGGUCUAUGACAAGUACGACAUCCUUGAGGAGAUCGGCACCGGCGCGUUCGGCGUCGUGCAUCGUUGCCGCGAGAGAGCCACCGGCAACAUUUUCGCCGCCAAAUUCAUCCCGGUGUCGCACGUGAUGGAAAAAGAAUUGAUCAGAAAAGAGAUCGAUAUCAUGAAUCAGUUGCACCAUCCCAAGUUGAUCAAUCUGCACGACGCGUUUGAGGACGACGACGAGAUGGUGUUGAUCUUUGAGUUCCUGUCCGGUGGUGAGCUGUUCGAGAGGAUCACCUCCGAAGGUUACACCAUGUCCGAGGCCGAAGUCAUCAAUUACAUGAGACAGAUCUGCGAAGGAGUCAAGCAUAUGCACGAGAAGAACAUCAUUCAUCUCGACAUCAAACCUGAAAACAUUAUGUGUCAAACUCGCAACAGUACCAAUGUGAAAUUGAUUGAUUUCGGUCUGGCGACCAAACUCGAUCCGAAUGAAGUGGUAAAGAUCAGCACAGGCACGGCCGAGUUUGCUGCUCCCGAGAUCGUCGAACGAGAACCGGUCGGUUUCUACACCGACAUGUGGGCCUGCGGUGUACUGGCUUAUGUUUUGUUGAGCGGGCUUUCUCCGUUCGCGGGCGAUAACGACAUCGAGACCUUGAAGAACGUAAAGGCGUGCGACUGGGACUUCGACGAGGAGGCAUUCCGUAACGUUUCCGAGGAGGGCAAAGAUUUCAUCAGGCGGCUACUCGUCAAGAACAAGGAAAAGCGCAUGACCGCACACGAGUGCCUCCUUCAUCCGUGGUUAACCGGCGAUCACAGCAAAUGGACCAACCCGAUCGCCAGCAGCCGUUACCUCAGCAUCAGAGACAGACUGCGCGCCAAGUACGAGAACUGGGACAAGUACGUUCUUCCCAUCGGCCGCCUAGCCGAGUACUCGUCGCUCAGAAAGCUUCUAAUCGAGAAAUACAGAAUAUACGACUCUUGCUUCGAUCGCCGACAAGCCGCGCCAAGAUUUGUCAUCAAACCGCAAAGCGCGUUCGCGUACGAGGGACAGAGCGUUAAGUUCACUUGUCGCGUUAUCGCAAUCGCGGCGCCCACCUUGUCUUGGUCGCACAACAAUCAGGAAUUGCGACAGUCCGUCAAAUUCAUGAAACGAUAUCACGGUGACGAUUACACCUUCAUUAUCAACAGAGUUAAAUUGGAAGACAGAGGAGAGUAUGUCAUACGCGCGGAGAAUCAUUACGGUUAUCGCGAGGAAGUUGUCUUCCUCAAUGUACAACCACUGCCGAAAGAAAUUCCGAAGUACAGACCCGAGUUGCAUCCGGUGCGCAGACGGGAACCGCUCGGUUAUAAUGUGUGGCUCGAGAUGAUCGAGUCAGCGCCGAGCUUCACCUUCCUGCUACGACCCCGUGUCAUUCAGAUCAGACAGACCUGCAAGUUGCUGUGCUGCUUGAGCGGCAAUCCACCGCCCACGGUGAAAUGGUACAAGGACAGAGAGGAGUUGUCCAAGUACAACUAUCCUAUGACCAACGCCGACGGCGUUGUCACGAUGGAGAUCAUCGACUGCAAGCCGGAGGACAGCGGCAAAUAUCGCUGCGUCGCUAGCAACAAGCACGGCAAAGACGAGACCAGUUGUGUGGUUAUCGUUGAAGGCACUGGGGAAACGGAGGAACAAGUAAAAUUAGCACACGAUUUCCUGCAUUCCGGAGAUCGAAGGUACAUCGAGCAACCGUUGAAACCGGCGCCACCACCGAUCGUGACAGUUCACAAGUCCAGUGGUUACAGCGGCUACAGUUCAACCACCAUUCAAGGUCAAUCGAGUUUCACCUCUUCCUACGGUGGCAAACAAACUUCCACGACCUCUUCGUACAAAGAUAGCUCCAGCGUUAAGAUCAACGAAUCGUCUGACAAACGAAGCGUGAAGAAAUACGGCUCGAGACUCGACAGCACCGGUAGCCCAUCUCGAUCCAGAAGCACCACAAAAGAACUCAUUCAACCUUCGGACGACUCGAUGAGACCGCCGCAGUUCACUCAGAAACUAAAAAAUCUCACGAUCAACGAUGGCGAACACUUGGAACUCACUGUCAAAGUCAACGGCGAUCCAGAACCGCAAAUAGCUUGGAGCAAAGACGGCAAAACCUUGAGUUCGUCGGAGGUCGUCGAUCUCAAAUAUAAAAACGGAGUGGCCACUCUCACGAUAAAUGAAGUAUUCCCCGAGGAUGAGGGCGAGUACAAGUGUGUGGCGACCAAUAGCAUCGGUAGCGACACGACAUCCUGCAAACUGACUGUAAAACCUGUGGAAAACACUGCCGGGAAGAAACAGAGCGACGACAAAUCGCCGAAGAUCGUAGACCAUCUGACGAGCAUGUACGUGAAGGACGGCGAGUCUGUGACGCUCAGCUGCCGAAUAAUCGGCGCCAAGAAGUUCGACGUGGUGUGGUUGCACAACAACAAGGAGAUCAAGCCCAGCAAAGACUUCCAGUACACCAGCGAGGCUAACAUCUACAAACUCGUUAUCGCCGAGAUAUUCCCCGAGGAUUCCGGCACUUACACGUGCGAAGCUUUCAACGACGCAGGAGAGAGCUACUCGUCGUGCACAUUAAAUGUACUCGCUCCGGGUGAAGAACCGAAGAGUCCAGCGUUCGCGACAUUCCCGCAAUCUGCAACAGUGAGCGAAGGCGAGUCGGUGACUUUCACGUGCAAGACUGAUACCGCGCCUUUGAAAGUAACUUGGCUCAAAGACGGCAAAGCGAUUCCCGAAACAAGCAGCAGAUAUCACUUCAGCUCGGACGGCAACACGUCCUUCGAGUUCGGCAUCAAGACGUGCACGGUCAGCGACGUCGGUCAAUAUUCGGCGCGUGUGAUCAGCCAGAAGGGCGAGGCGAACUCGGCGUUUGCCCUGAACGUUGUCAAUCCCGGAGAGUUGUGAAACUGAUCUUAUCACCGGAUCACAUGUCGAUAUGUUAUCACACAGACCGAAUCGGAGUAUUUUAUAUUCUAAUACACCCCUCCCCUUCCGUGUCGCGCGGAGAACACGCUUUUGAGUCGAUUUACGAGUAUGAGAACGCGCGCGUUUUUAGAGAAUUUCUUACGCGUUCUCCGCGAGAAAAAAAUCUCUUCCGUAAACGCAUUCGAUCUGAGCCAUCUCCGAUCGGUCGUUUCUACGCUUUCCACCGGUCUUUCAAUUUUUUUCCGAUAUCUUCAACGAGCAACCACGAACGAGAAGAAUCGAGGAGACAAGCCGGAGGGCGGCUUGCUCGUCAACGAUCGUUUUUAGAGUGUAUGACGUGUCUCUGUAUAAAAAAAAAAAAAAGGAAAAACAACGAAAAAAAGAAGGAUCGGAUUUAAUUAAUUAAUGUUAUUUUUUUUUUCUGUGCACGUAAAUUAUUCUGGAACGCUGUAUUUUCUCUUCCUGUGUGUUUGUCACGAUGAAUCGCAUGAAUCGUCGCGGGACGCGGCUUCUUACUUUUCUUCUACGAUAUAGGAAUCCGAAUUCGUGUCUUCGCUCACGCAUUACGAAUAGCACACGCGCAACGUUAUUACGCUAAAAAUAUUCGGCUUUGCUGUAUCACACGACUUGGCAUACUUUCUGCGCACUCAAGUAUGCACAGAUUAUGUUUAACGGACACAUCGCGGUAGAAAAAAGCGCCCAAGGAAAACAGAACAAGAAAAGAAAGACCUUUGCACGCGAAGUGCGACCAACGAUCGAAUACGGUUUUUCCGACGAGAUUGCCAGCAUCCUCGACAACAUCCCGAAACACUCGAAACUCUCGCUCGGGAAAAACUUUUUUGUGACAUUGGAAACACAAAUUUCGAUUUGCGCGAUAUGCUAUCGCGAUGUGCCCCCGAAUUCCACGUUAAUGAUACGUCGUGUUAUACUCUUGUUUGAAGACUGCUUUCGUCAGUAAAACAUUUACGAUAAAAUAAAACAUGUGAUUUAAAACGA